AUGCGUGUAGACAGUGAUGAAUACGGUACACAUUUGCGGGCAACAGAUGAGUCAACUCCUCGCCGCGGAAUUCGGAGGUUUCUGCUCGGCGAGCAACAGCAGCAGCGGCGGCAUCGGAAACACGACGAGCUAGCACGCGGAUCUCUGCGACACGCCCACGGUCUUCACUUGACACCGAAUUCACGCCGCAAGAUGGGCGCUUGCGUAAAAACUCUACGCUCGUUGGUUUUUAUUUUCAACUUCAUUUUCUGGAUUUCCGGCAUUGUUAUCUUUGCAUUGGGAUUAUGGCUACUUUUGGAUUCGUCUGCUUCGGAUUUCUUCGCUCUCCAUUCAACUCAUCCAGGUUCGUUUAGGAUAGUCGGAUGGCUUCUCAUUGCUGCCGGCGGAAUUAUGGCGUUCAUUGGAUGUUUCGGAUGUUGCGGAGCAUGGAAACUCAAUCAAGGCGCCCUUCUCGCGUUCUUCUUCGUUCUCAUGCUUGUCUUCUUCCUUGAACUUGCCGCCGCAAUCACCGCUUACAACAAGCAGGAACAUAUUCGAAAUUACAUCGAAAGUAGCAUGUACGACACGAUCAGAAAUCGCUACGCCUCAGACACCGCGUACAAGACGGCGUUUGACACUGUCCAAAACGAGUUCCAAUGCUGCGGAGUGAAAUCUUAUUCGGAUUGGCUUGGUGCUAGUUGGGACCGUCGCGGAACUGCACAUCUUGAAGAAGAAGAGGGUCGAGGAAGAAUGGAGCACGGAAUUGGUGCCGUCGGUGGAGGCCGUGGAAAUGGAUAUGGACGAGUGCCGUCAUCGUGUUGUAAUGACGAUGGAAAAUCUGCGUACCCCAGCAAUUGUGGAGUAUCCUUCAAUCAAGCACCUCUCUCGACCUACUCUCAGUUUAUUCAUGAAAACGGAUGCUCCGAUGCCCUAUAUGAUCGUAUCUACAAUCAUCUUGACUAUAUCAUUGCAAUCUGCGUCAUCGUCGGAUCUCUUCAGCUUUUGGGAAUGAUUCUUGCCAUGGCUCUCUGCUGCUGCGUAAGCAAGGAGAACAAGAAAUAUUCAAACUAUUAA